AUGAUUAAAAAUGUUUUUUAUUUGAAUUUUAUAUUUUCUUUUUUUCUAUUAAUAAUUAAAGGUGAUAACAGUGUGUCCAAUGAAAGGAAAGAAAUAUAUUUUGAUGAUGAUGAAAAAUUAAAACUGUCUUCUUUUUUCGAUCCUUCUACCAAUGUGAAUUUAGAUGUUGGUGAGAAUGAUGAGCUGUCAUCAUAUGUGCCUAAAGAGGUGAAUGAAAAGAAGAAAAAUAAGAAAGAUAUACAUAGUAAGGAAAAUUUAAAAAAUGAGAACAAUAUAUAUAAUAAGGACAAUACGAAAAAUAAUGAAGUUAUUAAUUAUAAUGUUGUUUUAAAGGAUAGUCGUGCAAAGGAGGGGAUUAUAACAGACGAAAAAAGAAGGAAUAGUACAAAAGAUAGGAAAAAUAAACAACAAAAGAACAAAAAAAUGAAUAGUGAUGAUGAUGAUGAUCAUAAUAAUAUGAAUGGUAGUAACUUUGUUGUUGAAUACAAUAAAAUGAUUGAUAUGUAUGAUAAGAUUUUAGAUGAGCUUAUAUUAAAAAGUAUAAAUAGAAAUAAUUAUAAUUAUUUUAAUAUGCUUGAUGAAUAUUCUCUUCAAACAAAAAUAAAUAAAGAAAUGUAUGAUAGUUUAAAUUAUUUGAUUAGACUUAUGAAUAAUAAAAAUAGUAGGAAAUAUUUUAUAUCCUUUUCAAAUAAUGAAAAGAAGAAAAGAAUAAAAAAUGAUAUGAAUGAAAACAUAUAUAUAAGACAUUUUAUUGUAUCUUUAUUUAGAUGGUAUAAUAAUUUUAAAUUAAUAGAAACUUGUUUUGAUAAGAAUAAUUUUAUUUAUUAUAUUGACGAAAAUAAAAUAUAUUCUUAUAAAUAUAAUUAUAAGCUUAUGUUAAAUUUAUUUAGUUCUGAAAAUUUUUUAUAUUAUAUAAAUUUAAGUAAAUUAUCUUUAUUAGAAAUUAUUGAUAACUACAAUAAAUAUAGUUUUAUUAUUAAUAAUAUAAAAAGACAUUAUCCUAAUGAUAUGUAUCUCUGUCAGUCAUUUGAUGAUUUUAUUUAUUCAUAUUUCUUAAGUUAUAAUCAUCAUUUUUUUGAUAAACAUAAAUAUCUAAUAAAUAUGGAUGUAUGGAAUAAUUCAAUAAAAACAAAAGGGCAAAUUGGAAAUCAUAAAUUAUAUAAAAAAUUAAAAAAACUAAAUGAAAAUUUAAUAUUAUAUAAUUAUAUACAAAAUGGUGAUUCAGAAAUUAUACGUUAUGUUACAUUAGAAAUGCGUAUGAUUUUUUCUAACUUUACAAAUUUAUUAAUAGAUAUAUUAAAUAAAUUAUAUAAUAUAGAUUAUCAUACUAAUAUAAAACAUGAGAAUGUAAAUGUUAAUCCCGAGAGGGAUCCACCACAAGAUUAUGUAAAUAAUAAGAAUGACGUUGACAUAUCGUUAAAAAAUGUUAAGGAACCAAAAAAACUAGAUGAUAAUAAGGCUAGGUCGAAUUAUGAGACUGAUGAAAGAGGUGAUAUGAUAUAUGAUAAUACCAAUAAGGAGAAGUUUGAAAAGAGCGAGGGUGCAUUUAACAAUAUUACUGAGAGUGCAGAUGAGUCUUCAUUUGAUACACAUAAUAAUAAAAAUGAUGGAAAGGAAUCGGAGAGUGAUGUGUGGAAUUUACUAAUGGAUUCAUAUAAGAAACUAGCGAAUGAUGAAAAUUUUAAAAAAUAUAAUAAAUAUAUAUUAAAGAAUUUAGAUAAGUUUUUGAACAUGUCAUCUGAAAAAAAGGAAGAUAUGAAUAGUUAUAAAAAUAAAUAUGAAUUAAAGGAGGGUAUAAUAUAUAAUAAGGUUUCUGAUAAAUAUAUUCCUUUACUAUUUAAUCCUACGAAAGAUGUAUUUACAUCUAUUAAUCAAAUUAAUAUUAAAAGUAAGAUAAACUUUUUUAAUAUAUAUGAAUAUUUAAUAACCAUUACAAAGUAUAAAGAGAACAAAAAUUUCUAUGAUGAUUUAUUAAAGUGUAGAAGAGAAAUUUUUUUUAAGGAUCAUGAUUUGUUAGAAAAUAAUAAUAUUAUUGAUAAACAAGAAGAGUUGAAAAAAAAUAUUCGAAACUUGAUGCGUAUUCAUGAAGUAUCAAGUGAAGGAAAUAAUUGGAACAGAAUGAAUAUAAAAUAUAAAAAAUAUGGAACAUAUGAUUAUGAUAAAAUGAAUGAAUUAUAUUAUGUCGAUGAUAAGAAUAUAUUAAAUGUGAAUGAUAGGAAGAGAUUUAAUUUUAUGAAUAAUAAAGAAAAAGAUAAGAAUUCCUUUCAUAUAAAUAGAACAAUGAGAAUAUAUGAUUAUUAUAAUAAUAUAAAUUUGAAUAUAUUUACCCCAGCAGCUAUAAAAAUGAAAGAUAAAAUAUAUGAUCAAUUAAAAUUAUUGAGAAGUAAUUUUGUUGAGAAAUUAAAAAAUGAAUCAAUUUGUGUUUUGUCAUUUUUAUAUUUAAUAGGUAUAAAUGAUAAUAAUGGAAAGUUACAUUUCCCAUAUGGAUUUCCACGAAAUAUUGAUUAUUCUGUAAAACUUAUAAGAGAAGGGAAAGAUGGGUUAUGUAAUUUUUUAAGUGGUGUUUUAUAUCAUAUAAAUUUACCUAUAUUUGUAAAUAAUUCUUCUAUAUCCAUAAGUACAGAAAUGAAUGAUGAUGUAUUCGAAAUAAACGAUAAUUCUAUAAAUAGUUUCUUUUAUAUAUAUUAUAAAAAUAAUGAAAAUAUACGAAAUCAUGAUUUUUUAUCUGAUGAAAAUAGAAUAAUACCAAGGAAAGAAGAUAAUAUAAAAUCUAAAAUUAUUUCUUAUUCUUUAGGUUCAACAAAAGACGAUUUUUUUAGUAAAUUAGCAUUUACAAAUAAUGUCAUUAGAUUGAAAUAUAAGAAUAAAACAAAUAACACCUACUUAAAAGAUUAUUUUGAUUUUACUUUUGAUAAAAUUAAUUAUAAAAAUUCAGUAAUAAAAAAUAACGUAUCUCCAUUUUUAACUACUUGUGAUUAUUUAUUAAGUAAUAUAUUAGGAGCCGUGGUUGAUUCUUUGAGAAAUUCAUCUACCUUAGAAAGUGGAGUGUAUGAAGAAAAUAUAAAUGAUAAAAAUAAAAAUAUAAUUCAAAAUAAUUUAGUACAAAACAAAAAUCUGUUUGAAUAUUUUGUAAAACUAGCUGAUAAUAGUAAUUCAUAUGCUUUAGCUGCUUUGGGUGAAAUAUAUUAUUUAGGAAAUGAGAGUAUAGGAAUAGAAAGAGAUGAAAUCAAAGCUUUUGAGUUUUGGAAAAAGGCAGCGGAUCAAGGUGAUACAACCUCUGCAUUGUCUACAGGUUAUGCCUAUUUGGAUGAGUAUAAAAAGUUUUUAAAAAAAGAAGAACUUGUUAAAAGUAUGGAUAGGGAGGAUGUAUUAACAAUGAUACAUUUGGAGAAUUCCACCAAGGAUAAGAAAAAUGUUACUUUGGAAAUGUUCCAAGAAUCUAGUGAGAAAAAAAAGCAGAAAAGGGAUAAUAAGAAGAAUAAUAAGAAGAAUAAUAAGAAGAAUAAGAAUAAGAAGGAGCAGGAUGGAAGUACCGAUGGGGCUGCAGUUGGUGAUAAAAUUGUAGAAAAUGUUGGAAAUGUGUUCCAAGAAAGUUAUGGUAAUGUUGAUGAAUCUAUGGGAAGGAAUGGAUCCUUUGAUGGGUUCUCUAUGCCAUCAUCGGGUGGAUUAAACAAUGUUAAUGUAGAAAAUAAUGUUAAUGUAGAAAAUAAUGUUAAUGUAGAAAAUAAUGUUAAUGUAGAAAAUAAUGUUAAUGUACAAAGUAAUACCAAUGUACAAAACAAUACCAAUGUACAAAGUAAUAUUAAUAUACAAAGUAAUAUUUAUUCCCAUGGUGAAACGAAUUCACAAAAUAAUAUUAAUAAUGUAAAUUCUUUUGAGAACAAUGCAUACACUCAACAAACCUCUUAUGGAGAGUGGGCGAACCCUAGCGAGGAUUUUUUUAAUAGUUCCUUUUCUUCGUCUGUUUCUAGUGAGGAUGUUUUUAAUAAUUCCUUUUCUUCGUCUGUUUCUAGCGAGGAUGUUUUUAAUAGUUCCUUUUCUUCGUCUGUUCCUAGCUCGUUUCUCUUUGACAUACCUGAAGGAUCUGAGUAUGAGCAUAUGACAGAGAACAUAUUGGAUGAACAGAUGAAUUUUUUUAAUACGAAGAAUAAUAAAGAGCAGCAAGAAGGAAGACCUAAUAAUGAGAGUAAUGGUAUGUGGAAUGAUGAGAAUGAUGAAAUGAUACAAAAGUACAUGAAAGAUUUAAAUGACGAUUUAAAUAAAUCUUUAAAGAAUGCAGAAGAAUAUUUUCACAAAGCAAUAAGAAAUAAUGAUGAUAGUUUAGAGAAUAUAUUAGCAAAAUAUAAUAUACAUAAAUUUGGAUUAGGUACUGAAAAAAAUAUAGAAUUAGCUGGGAUAUAUUUAAAAAAAGCAGCUGAUAAAGGUGAUAAUAUAUCUCAAAUGUUAUUAGGCCAUUAUUAUUCAGGUUCAGAUAUCGGAAUAAAAUUGAAUGAUUAUAAAGAUGAUGAUAAACUAGAGAAUUUAAGAAAAUCAUAUAAAUAUUAUAAAAUGUCUGCACAGAAUGGAAACAUUAUAUCUUUAUAUAAUAAAAGUAUAUUAAUAUUAAAAGGUGUUAAUCCUAAAUAUAAAACAUUUAAUGAGAAAUGUGAGAAAACAUUGAAACAUUUCCAUUUUAUAGGAUUAUUUAAUGAAAGACUAUAUAUGUUAACUAAAUUAUUAAGAAGAAAUUAUCAAUUUAAAGAUUAUACAGGCUCUUUAUUGUUAUCUAUUAUGUUGUCUGAGUUAGGUGACCAUGCACAUAAUGUAAAUGCUUCUAUGUUAUGGACAUUAAAAAGGAAGACUAUGCAGCAAUUUACGGAAAAGUAUAAUAUUGUGGAGAAUUUAAAAUUAUCCUUGAUUAAGGAAUUGAAGAAUAAGGAGGAGCAAGAACAAGAAAAAAGACAAAACAGUAUUCACAAUGUAUAUAAUAAUAAUAAUAAUAAUAAUAAUAAUAGUAAUAUUAAUGGAUAUAAACAAUGUGAUAAAAAUUGUAAUGAAAAAAUUAAAAGAAUAUAUAAGAAGAAUAAAAAUGCUAGUUAUUCCUUUUCAAAAGUACGUAAAAUGUAUUCUAUGUCUUUGUUGACCAACUGCAGUAUGCUAUCCGAAUUUUUGAGGGAGCGUCCAUUAUUUUCGAAAAUAAUAUAUUGUUAUAAUUUUAAGAGGGAGUUAUAUAUUCAUUAUAAUAGAUUAUCUUGGUUUCCCUACAAAAUGAUGAAGAUGCAACAUGAAGAUGAUUUAUCGGAUGAUAAGGAUAGGUCUGAAGGAUGGAACAGCAUGAAUACAAAAAAGUUUAAUGAGAAUGUACAACGUGAUAAUAUGAAUAGAAAAGAGAAUGCAAAUGCGAAUGUGAAGGCAUAUACAAAUGUGAAGGGAUAUGCAAAUGUGAAGGCAAAUGCAAAUUCUGUAUUAAAUAAAGAUCAUAAUAAUGACAAUUAUGAUUAUUCUUAUUAUAAGAACAAUGAUGAAAGAAGAAAUAAUAAGAAGAGUGAAUUUUUUAAUACAUCAAAGAAUAAAAAAGAAGAAAAAAAUGAGAAUAAAAUAACAUAUCAUGAUACAUAUGAUUUAUGUAAAAAAUAUAGCCAAAUUGAAUUAUAUGAAAAAUAUGAUAAGAUAAUUUUAAAUACAUUAAAAAAAAACGAUGCUGUAGAGGAAAAAAUAAACAAGUUAGAACAUAUGAAAGGUGUUAUAUUAGAACAUUUACGUAUUAGUGAGUUCUUACAUUGUUAUUAUAAACCUAUAUCAUAUUAUCAAAUAAAGUUAGAAGAAGAAAAAGAGAAAAGAGCUAAAAUAGAUGAACAUAUAUAUAAUGAAGAAAGAUAUUAUAAGAAUGAGAAAUUUAAUUAUAAUAAUGUUUAUUCAAAUAAGUGGAAGAGUAUGAAAGAUUAUAAUAUAAAAAAUUUGUAUGAAUCUGAAUUUUCUAGAUACUCGGUUUUUUUAGAAAAUAUAGACAUGAAAGAAAUAUUUAAUUAUAAAAAGAAAUAUUCAUCUAAUAUAUUUGAUGAAAUUCAAAGUUUUUCAAAAAAUUGUGAAGUUUGUAAACAAUAUUAUGAUAUAUAUUCAGCUUAUUAUGGACAUAAAAAGUCAGGAAUUAAUUUGAUUAAGAAAUAUCGAGAAGGUGAUGAAUUUACCAUAAAAAGUAAAAGAAAGGAAUUACAAUUCUUAAUAAGGAAUUCAGAUGAAGAUAAUCACCAAUCACUUUAUUAUAAAGCGCUUUUUUUAGAACAUAAUAAUUUAGAUAAUUUAAAAAAUAUUUUACAAAUAUAUUUCAAGCUAGCUACAGAUGAUCAUAAUACAUGUAAUGUUAUUGGUUUUUUAGGUAUUAUGAAAAUAUUUUUUAAAAAGCUAUUUUUCGAUUUUAAUAUAUUUAGUAAAAAUAAUAAAAAGAAUAUAUUCACAUUUCCUUUAAAACACAAAACAUUCUAUGAUGAUAAUUUAUGUUCUUUACAAAAAAAUAUUUUAUUAAAAUCUGAAUUUGAUAACAAAUGUUUCAACUUUGAUUAUUUGUUAAAAAAUAAUUAUAUUUAUUCUCAAAUUAGAUAUUCUGACUUUUUUAAGGUUUUGUAUAAUCUGAUAUUAUCUUUUUUUAAAAUUAUAUGA